AUGGCCCACAAGGGACAUGCAAACUUAAACAAAGUCGGUGCAAACUUAAAUAAAGUCGGUGCAAACUUAAAUAAAGUUGGUGCAAACUUAAAUAAAGUUGGUGCAAACGUAAAUAAAGUCGGUGCAAACUUAAAUAAAGUCGGUGCAAACGUAAAUAAAGUCGAUGCAAACUUAAAUAAAGUCGGUGCAAACUUAAAUAAAGUCGGUGCAAACUUAAAUAAAGUCGGUGCAAACUUAAAUAAAGUCGGUGCAAACGUAAAUAAAGUCGGUGCAAACUUAAAUAAAGUCGGUGCAAAC